AGGGCCCAACGCUUCGAAAUAAGAACGAAAAGUAUUUAGUCAGAAUUUUAUUUACGUGAUUUCUUUGACUUGAUGGUCCUCAUGGUUCUAACAUGCUUCGAUUAAACGCUUUUUAUUUGACGAAAACGCUAACUGCAACGAGAACGACUGUAAAAGUUUCAUUUCAUUCAUAAAGCACCACAUCCACAUACCACCUCCUGGUCCUCCGUGCUAUUCAAAGAUCUUCAUGUCCGUUGCGAAAAGUGACGAGGGAUUGUGACGAAAGAUCUCAUUGAAGACGUGGCACCAACGAGGACGUCCCCAUUGCCGUACGUACCCACUUUCGAAGGCGGAGCUAAAUGCCCGAGUCAGCAGAGAGCCAGCUCGACGUCGUUGACCAGCAGACCAUCGAAGUUACCGUAGUUGUACCGCCGCAGGAGCAGGGGAACGCACGCCGGUGUGGCAGAGCGACUGUGCUCUUUUCCACAACCAUCUUGUUCGUGCUGCUACUGCUAUGCUGCAGCGUCUUCUACAACUGGAAUUUUUAUUCGAUACUUCAACUUCUAAUCGCAAGAACGUCGUUUUCCUUCACGACCAGGACCCGCAAAAUUGAAGGGCCUUCAGCGAAUGGCGGUAAAAUUUCCGGCGUUGAUGGAGAAAAUGUCUGCUACAAAAACGGCGUCAAGAAUAUGGAAUCUCAGGGGGAUCAUGAGGCGAGUUGCAUCGACAUGAGCCUGAGUAUGACGUCGAGUCCCUCAAAUCAUAUUGUAGAUGACUCGAGAUCAGGAAGGAGCGGCAACGAUCGCGACAAGCCUUCAUCGCAAAUCACAUCGAGGGAGCUGGCGCUCGCCUCCCAGAGAAGUGUUGAUAUCGAGCACCGAGGAAUUGCAAGACCAGCUUCUGUCUCUGCAACGAUGCAUCCAGCAGAAGAAGGUGAAAGCGAUGCAGCGGCAGCAGGUGCCCUGCAGGAGAUCCAUUUACGCCCGGGCGCGGUCCUCGAAUAUGGGCGGUACAUUCUGGUUGAGCGCAUUGACAUCGACUUGCGCUGCCCCGUAGAUGGCGUUGAGCAGGCCGGACUAGGGCCUGAGCAGAUUGCCGGAGUAGAGGACUCUGAACCUCCGAAUGCAGGGCGUUAUCUACCAUCUGCAGAGGAUCGUAGCCGGACGGGCUCGGGCAGAGCAGCAGAUGCGAGGAACAGUGCCUCUUUCCCUAAGCAGGGCCCGCGUGUGGAUGAGGAAGACCUCCCAAGCGAAGACGAACGCGAUCACGACGACGAAUCGAUUUCGCAGCCGAGAAGAGGAGAUCAACCUUCCUCAACAACUGCUUCUGGGAGGCAGUUCUAUUUCCCGCGAAAGGCCGUGUGCCCCGACCGAAAUGCUGUAAAUCCUUUGCCAGUAACACGCGGACUGCAUGGAUACGAUGAUAGUGCUAGUGGUGCCAGCAAUUACGUCGCAUCAACGUCCUCGUCCGCUCUGUCCUCGCGAUGGUUGACCUACAGCCCGACCUCAGGAGAGGGCCUGCAACUGAUUCCAGCUCCUGGAAGCGGUGACAACUUCCGCAAUGUUGAUUAUGGAACACACCAGCCAUUGUUGCAAGGACCAUCUGCAACAGAAAGUCAUCUGCCGGGACACCAGUCACCUGGAAAAGGAAUGAUAACCGACAGAAAUAACCGCUUCGUUCCACGUGUGGACUCGUUUUUCAUGGCUCGGGGCAUUCAGUUGCCGUACCGCGAGCUGGCGCAGAGAAUCGUCACCACGCUGAGCUACAGCUACGACCACCAACAGGACCAGUACGAUUACGACCGGCUUGCCGAUCUGUACGCCACCAGCUUCGCGAACAAGAGAAGGAGAACGAAAGGCACUGCGUCAACAUCGCGCGGCGAUAAUAUUCCCCACAUGCUAGAAGGCGGCGCGUCGGCAAGUAGUGGUGGCUACACGGAGGACGACGACAGCUAUUUCUUCCGCUCAGCGGACCAGCGGGACACGCGCACGCGAAUCGGGCGUGGAAGCUUCGGCGAGGUCUGGCGAGCGCUGGAGCGAACUGCAACGGGGGAAUACCUAUGACAGUGCACAACUCCCCCUCCCCCUCUUUUGUAUAGCAUGAACGGCAAUAAAAGCACCAGCACACAAGGAGCCUAUACAUGACAAAUUCAUGCGCCUAGUGUAGUACUGUUUGGGCUUCCGGAAUCUGUCAUGCAAACAGUACCACAGGGAAGCACGUGGAUUUGGGGUUUUGCAUGACAAAUGAGGGGGAGGGGGAGUUGUGCAUUGUCAUAAUAUCAGGAGGUGGUAUUGAAACGGCUGUUCACGGAGAAGGAUGAAGUCAAGCUGGCCACGACCAGGCACGCCAAAAAUCAGCAUAAAGAGGAGCCGGCGCCCAAAGGCGAAAUCCGCCGGUCGGGGGAGCGAGAAAUUUUCUUUGGUGUGAAAUUGCGGCACGCGCCCCACGUGGCUAGGUACUUGGACCAUUUCUCGGCAGGGCAAAACAAAGACCAAAUGUGGCUGGUUUUCGUCAACGAAGGAUAUUCGCUGUUGCACCUGCUCUGGUGGGUAUCAAAAGAAAAAAGUUCGUCACGAUCACUCAUGGGCAUUUUUGCAACACAAAAUUGUCUGUCAUGCGUAAAAAUGCAUCACAGCAACACUUCAUAAGGGAUUUCCCUAGUGUUUCUGCAAUACAAGGAGAAGUUGUGAUGCUAAAAAAAUUUGUAAUGCAAAACCUGCAACUACUUAGUGACUGUGACAAACUUUUUUCUCUCCAUAGUGGGUGUCUGCGGACGGCACCACGGUCGAGCCAAGUCCGUUUUGGUGGUAUCAAACGGAAAAAUCCCCCCUCCCCAUAUCGAAAUGGAAAUCUGUGAUGCAGGAUUUGAGGUACCAAAUCGACUUGUCAUGCUAGAAGGCCAAGAGCCGCAGUCGUGGUCUCGUUUGCAGGCAAUUUGUCAUGCUGUUUCCCACUCUCAGCUGCCUCCUAUCAUGCUGAAGAUGCAAGGCUCCCCCACGCCACCCAGCACUACAGUCCGCAUCUUUUCCCGUGUAGCAUGACAAAGCUGAUUUGUGACAACAAAUCUGCAUCACAGAUUUCAGUUUUGAUAUGGGGAGGGGGGAUUUUUCCUUUUGAUAGGUGGUCUCUGAAGUCUCCAGCAAGAAACACUCGAGCUGGGCCGAGCCAGGGAACUGGUACCAGGUCGCCUUCUGCGGCGGGGGAAGAAGCUGCUCUCGUGCCGCGAACAAGCCCGCCGACCGGAUCGGCUUACGCGCCCGUUACAACUGGUGACCAGCAUUCAGGCGCUCCGGCGUCACUGCUAGACUUCCACACAAGCAGCUCUUCCUCAUCGCAGCAUCUCGAGUCCGCUGCGGCCUCGUGGGUUGUGGCGUAUAACAACGGCUUUGCACCAGCAUCUUCGAAGAGCGGACAGCUGCAACUCGAGCAAGCGCUACUCCCUCCCGCGAUUCCACUGCCGGAGACUGCAGCAGCAGGCGCAGCUGACGAGAGAAGAAAUCCAGAUGGUGUCCUCCUCCACCAGACGCUCGAUCCUUCGUCGAUGGGUCCUCUUGUUUCACCACCUGCCUUGCCGUGGAAUCCUUCACUCAGCGAGGGCGUCGAAGAUGCGCUGGCUGUAAGCACCGGUGGAAGUGGCGGCCGGGGCUCCUCCCCACUGCAAACACUGGAAGCAGGCGGGGGUUCCGCAGGCCGACCACAUCCUGGCGACGAUCAGGGGCAGAUGAGCAACUUGAAAGUCAUGAAGUCCAUCAUGUACCAGCUUCUGCAUGGUCUGGCGGAGAUCCACGCUGUGGGUAUCACACAUCGGGACAUAAAACUCGGAAAUUUGCUCAUUCGUGAGGACGAGCAGCAUGAGCUCCACCUUCGCAUUGCAGACUUCGGCUCGGCGGUGUUCUUUCCGAAGCCUGGGAAAAAAGACGGGAAAAACAUACACUACACGACGGCAGCAGAAAAUUUGAAAAAGUACGAGCAUCUGUUUUCUAGCACGGGCCCCACUGCGCAGGAAGAGACCGCGGAAUACCUACCACCCGAGGCGUUUUUUCCUGCAACUGGUACGACCGCAUUGCACGCUGGUGAAGGUUCGGUAAAGAUGACAGCGGACGGACAAGAAAACCUAAACCAUGGCGAUGCUCCUGCAGGAAAUCUUGAAAAUGAUGAAAAUGGAUUGAGAUCUGAAGAUGACUCCGAAGCCGAAAACGACGUCGGUUCCAAUUUCGAGCAGGAGCAAGCACCAGCAGCGGCGAUGGAUAGUACUUCUGCUCAGCAAUUCGCAGCAACGAGCAGUGCGGAUGAUUCGACAUCAAAUAUCACCACGAAUCCCUACUAUCGGUCCCCAAGUUUCGACAUUUUUGCCGCGGGUCUGGUUUUUCUUGAAAUCGUGACAGGGCGCAGAAUCGAUGAAAUUUUACAAGUGCGCGAAAUUCAUGACGUGGCGACAUCGUCCAGCACUGGUACUACAAGAAAGCAUUCGUCGAAUGCGCGAAAUAACCACUUCCAGACCAAUAGCGAUCAGUUUGCAAGCUACGAACAGUCAAACCAGAGGAAGCGCCGACGACUCGAAAUGAAAUACCGUCAACUCGGCUUCUCUGACAAGGAUGUGGUCAACGCGCUCAAAGCGCACGCCUUCACCGAUAAUUGCGUGCGGCCAUGGUUGCAUCUGCAACAUACCGUGGUCCCCGGUGGCUUUGCAGGGACAAGGAGAAAUUCCAGCGCAAGUGCUGGGUUUGCAGCAAGCGGUCAACAUGAAGAUCCUGCCGGUCGUGGCUUAAGAACAUCUGCGGAGGACAGCGGUACGAAUGAUCGAGAGGACACCGCAGUCCUUGAUGACCUUGACGAACAGUCGCUGGGAAGUGCAAGUGCCGCUGGGGGCCGCGGCCAACAUGAAGAGCAUGACCAUGAGGACGCUCAACACGAAGAUCGUCACCCUGGCACGAACCUUCUCCUGCCCUGCAGCGAAAAUGAGUUUUCACAACUCCUGCGCGAGCUCGAUGUCAGUGGAGAAGGAUUGCCGGACCGCCUAGCAAGGGACCUGCUGCGGCGAAUGCUGGUCUGGGAACCGGAGCUUCGGAUUUCCGCGACGGAAGCUCUGCGGCAUCCUUGGUUUGCUGUGGACGACGAAGCAAUGUCGUCAGGCAACAAGAUGAAAGGAGCGGCUGCAGCAGGUACGACAUCAACUUUUUCCUCGGGCCCAGAGGCUGCUGCAGAGAAUGAUCAUGCCGAUAAUGUGCACAAGCACGCUGGCGAUUUCGAAAAAGAAACUUGUGCAACGUCGUCGCAGCCUGAGCCGGACGCCGCCGACUCAACUCCAAGAGGUACUUACGCAUUUUUUUCGGUUUCAAUUUUUUUGUUGUUGUACUCACACUGCUCGUUCUGGUUGUGGUUCCAGACAGCCCUCAGCCCGCAACCAAGAUGAAUGCAAUAAGUACUUGUAGAAGUGAGAACCACAGUACUUAUUUUCUAUUUUGUGACGAGCAGGCAAUGCUUCAAAGCGACGACAAGAUGGACAAAACGCGGCACGAAGAGAACUUUCGUGUUCCACUAACUAGUUGCCCGAACGCCCUACCUAUUAGAUAGCUCUUUUUUCCAUUUGGAUUUGACAAAGCUGCGCAGGUGGAGAUGAGAUUAAGUAACAAAGCACGAGCCGAAUGCUAUCCUCGUUCAUGCCUCUUUCUCACCCGAAUGUAAGUAAAAGUACCCACGUGUGAGAAGUUCGAGAUACAUUCCUUCGUUCCGUAUAACUUUCCAUUUUCCGUCGAUAUUGAACCGCACGGAACGCCUCAAGUAAGAUGAGCAUCGACAUCCAUUCCUAACAAAUCAGAUGUUGACAGUGAAGGGCUUGAGUCACUGCGAGGAGAAGUGCGUCAGGACCACUUGUCAGAUGCUCCCACGACCUUUGAGAUGGACGAUGGCAGCAGAAGCUUUGAGGACCGACAUCUUCUUGGCCAGCACGACGGCGCGACUACAAGCGAUGGCAGAAGCAUUUCCCGCCCCCUUGCCUACCCGAUCGUCGGUCAGGCGCAGGCCCAGGGACGGCGCCCUGCGCAAGAGGACGCGACCCUGGCACUGCAGACGGAGGUCGGAGGAAAGACGUUUCACGUCUUCGGUGUGUUUGACGGGCACUACGGAGAGGAGGUUGCCGCGGCCUUACGGGACGUCUACCCCGAGCAAUUCUUGCGCCCCGAGCUGCUGGCUCACCUGCUGCAGGAGCGAGAAGAUGCUCAUCCUCAACACGACCAGACGAGGAUCUACUCCGAGGCUUCGGCAAAUUCUGACCAGCCGGGCUUGCAAAGUACUAGAGAGCAGACGAAUCUUGUCAAGGCCGCGAUUCAUCAGUCCCUGCAGAAGUUUGACGCCUGGAUAUCACAACAUCAGUCCACCGACGCGGGAUCCACGCUGACCCUCGCAAUCAUGUUUGAUACCACCCUGCUGGUCGCGCAGAUCGGAGACUGCGAGCUGUGGUUCGCGAAAAUUUUGGACCAGGAAGCAGCGCCGCCAGACGUAGGAGGUGCGGAGAGGGAGAACGAAGCGAACGACAACUCCAAUUCUCCAAAUACCGACGACAGCGCUAGUACGGGCAGAGACCACGAGCAAGUUGCACAACUCGGAGAUGUUGACACCGUGAAACUGCAGGAACACGCCCCGGACGAGGACCUCGCCGUCGGGCAGAAGGUUCUGAUAAAGCAGACCGGUGAUUUGGGAAAGAUCGAGGAAAUCCGGGUGAGCAACAGCGGCGCGAAAAAGAUGUACCUCGUUUUGCUGCAACAGCGGUCGAUUCGCAACACCGGGGAGAAGAAAACCAAGUUCUUCACCCGCGACAAACUGGAGCCCCGCGUGAACAUCAGGAUUGAGCGCGUCGGGUUCUCGCACCGCCCAGAUUUGCGGGAGGAGCUGGCAAGGAUAAAGAGCAGGCCGGGCGGUUUUGUCUCCAACGUGACGGAAGCUCCGGCGGCGUCCGCGGAAAUGCAAGAAACGGUGACGGUGCGCGAGGGGCCCUUGCCGCGGGUUCUGGGGAAAUUGGCGACGAGCAGGUCGAUCGGGAGGUUGCCGGAAAACCUCAAAGACUUUGUGAUCGCCACGCCCGACAUCUUCGAAUACGACUUUAGUAGGAGAGGACAAGAAGAGCAGCUUAGCGCAGGUGAUGCAGCAGGUGGCGUCGCCCGCACCGUCGUGGUCAAAAACCAGUUUCUCCUCAUCGGAUCAGAUGGUCUCUUCGACGCUAUUUCCGCGCACGAGAGCUGUGAGAUCGUCGAAGCCGUGCUCCGAUCCACCGCGGAGCAAAUUGGGGAGAUGCAGUUACCAAGUGUCGGAGCGACCGCUUUUGGGCAGAAGGAGGUGCAGGAAGCAGCUCAGGUGCUCGUGGAAACGGCAUUGCAGCGGGGAGCGUCGGACAACGUGUCGGUUGUCGUGGCGAAAAUACUGCACUAUCCUGCUGCUUAG